CCGAGUUCCGCUUCCCCUUCAGCCCGGAGGCGUCGUAAUCUCUCGGGGCAACGUGAUGGCGACGGUGAGUGAGGGUGCUUUUGAGCGGCUCUUCUCCUUGGAGCUGCUGGUGGAUUGGGUGCAUCUGGAAGCGCGGCUCCUACCGCCGCCGCCGUCGCUGCCGGAGGACGAGGAGGAGGCGCCCCCGCCCGGCUCCCUCCGCCUGGCCGUGGCCUUCCGCCUGCUGGACUUCCCCACGUUGCUGGUGUAUCCUCCGGGGGGCCCCGCCGCUCCUUCCCGCCAGCGCCGGCCCGGCUUGUUCUUCUUCGGCCGCGGCAAGUCCUGCCUCUUCCGCCUGGAUGCGGCCGUCCUGCAGCGUCUGCUGACCGUCUCCCCCCUCUACGCGCUGCUCCUGACGGUACCCCCCGGCAGCCCGACCCCAGCCCCGAAGCUCCUGGGCAGCUGUAGCAUUUCCCUGGCUCCUACCGCCCGAGCGCUCAUCCGAGAGGGGAAAGGGCUCACUGGCACGGGGCCCUCCCAGGGCCACCGAGGUCUUUACGUGCUGAGAGAUCUGAUGGGGGAACAGGUCGGGCAAAUCUACCUGGGCUACCGCUUGACCGAUUUGGGAAGCACUUUGCUGGGCCAUGUCCCCCCAAAGAUGCCCGGGCCCCCCCAGAGGGAGGAGAUUCCUGCUGGGGCUGGGGUGAGUGAGGUGGAGGAGAUAAGGACUAAGGAGAGGCGCCCUCCAGCUCCAGAGGAAAAGCAGCCGAUUACUCUAACACUCGAAAGCUUUGCUCAAGUGGAUCCAGAGGAUUUGGAAGAUUUAAAAGAACCAGAGGAGCAGGAAGAAGUGAUUGAGUUAGUUACCUACGAUAAAACUCAGCCAAAGCAACAGGAAUAUAUGAUUAAGACAGUUAAAACAAAAGAACUAGAGGAGCAGGAAGAAGUGAUUGAGUUAGUUACCUGCGAUAGAACUCAGCCAAAGAAACAAGAAUAUGUGAUUAAGACAGUUAAAACAAAAGAACUAGAGGAGCAGGAAGAAGUGAUUGAGUCAGUUACCUACGAUAAAACUCAGCCAAAGCAACAAGAACAUGUGAUUAAGACAGUUAAAACAAAAGAACUAGAGGAGCAGGAAGAAGUGAUUGAGUCAGUUACCUACGAUAGAACUCAGCCAAAGCAACAAGAAUAUGUGAUUAAGACAGUUAAAACAAAAGAACUAGAGGAGCAGGAAGAAGUGAUUGAGUCAGUUACCUACGAUAAAACUCAGCCAAAGCAACAGGAAUAUGUGAUUAAGACAGUUAAUACUCCCAGCAAAUACGAUAGGAGUGAUAUAGAUACUGAGUUGACAGAUUCUUCCCAGUCAGAGGUUAGAGAAAGUAUUAGUACAAAAAAUCAGGAAGUCACAGAGUUAGAAUUUGAAACAAAUAUAAUUUGCCCACCACCUCUCUAUUAUUCUCAUCUGGAACCAAAAAAGGUGCCACCAGCUAAAGGCAAAUUCAUAACUAUACCUCAAAUUGAUGUGCCUAGGGAAUCUAAUAAUGUGGUUCAGGAAGAAAAGGUUCCCUGUCCCUUGGUAAAGAACCAUGAUAUCCCAUCAAAUCAGAGUCAGACUGCCAUGACCCAAUCUCAGCCUAUCCAAGAUGGACUUUUUGACCAAGAUAAACUUGAGGCAAUAAGGCAUCUACCUCUAUUAAAUGCUUUAUUGGUUGAGUUAUCUUUAUUAUAUAACCAGCCACUUGCAGCUGCUACUAGUGUACACCCUCGCUUAGCCUGGUUAUACAGGACUGAGGAUGGGAAAGCCCCAGAACCCCCUGACAAUGCUCCUUGUAAAACUGAGGAAGUGGGAGACAAGUUUUUACCCAGGAAAAAAGAAGAGGGCCUAAGUCCUCCACUAUUAAGGAACCAGGUUGGACACAACCUCAGAAAAGGUGUAUGUUUUGAAAAAAGCAGGAACGGCCAAAAAAAAUUGGUUCCAAGGAGAAAGUUGUUUUAUGGCCUUACAAAUACACUCAAACUCCGUUUAAAGCAAACAAACCCAAACAUGUUAAUACUUCAUGAAAAAAGAGAACAGUAUAGAAAAAUGCAAACAGAAAUGCCAGAUACAGAAAAGCUUAAUAUUUUACCAUCUAAAGGAAAAAGCUUUACAGAGAAGCAUGGGAAGCCACAUACACUUUCCAGCAAUCUGUGUUUGGCUUCAGAUGUUCUUUUUCCUGAAAACAUUAAAACUUUAGAGCAAAAUGGGGUGGAAUCUGAAGGACAGAGCCCUGCAAAAGAAACUCAUGUUACUAGAACUGAAAAAGAGAGAAAUGUUGAAAUCAAAGCAAAUAAGAACUCUCGUAUAAAAAUGGCCAUGAUAAAGCCCAUUUUACCAGAAAAUGUCACUCCAACAAAUGUUUCAGAAAAAGUUAAGAAAGAAGUAAAAGUCAAUCUUCUAGAUAUUGAUGCAGAGAAUACCAGAAUAGACAAUAUUGUUACAGAUUUUAGUAAUGGAGCAAAUGAAACUGUGGGUUAUAAUUUUCAUCCACCUAAUUCAAAUGAUAGUAAACCAAGAAAAAAUAGUCAUUCUGAAAGCAUUCCAGAAAUGAAAUAUUCCGAUGACUUUACUAGUCCAUACUAUUCUGAAGAUUUUUCCAGUGCUGAUGAUACUUUUGGAAAUUCUAAACUUCAUGAUAGUAAUCCUGAACUGGAAGCAGAUAACCUCAGUUAUUCUUAUUUAAAUACUAAUUGUAAGUCUAGUGAAUCUAGAAUGUCUAGAAAAAGUCUUAAAAGUGAAAUGAAUUCUGUUCUUACCCCACCUUUUUCAGUUGGCUCACCAGUACAUUCGUAUAAAAAAUCUCAUCUUUCAAAGUCUGAGAGCAAAAGUCUAGUAGAUGUAAAUAGUAGCUCCAGCAGUGACCUUUCCUCAUAUUGGAGUGAAGGAAAGGAAAAACAGAAUGACCAAAAUGACAUUCAUAAUAAAGAAAUGAGGAAUAAUAAACCCAUCCAUGAUAGACUUAACUCAAAAACUGGCCAAAAAUCUUUAGAAAAAAGCCAGUCAUUAAGAACAUCUCAAGUGAGUUCUUAUUUGCCAUCUAAUUUAUCUGAACUAGAACUUAGUCCUCAAGGUAGCAUUGCUUCAGAUGAGCUUGAAGAAAAUGAUGAACUUGGCUCACUAGAUAUUUGCAAACAAUACAAGGACAUCUGUGAGUUAGUAAUAAAUAAGCUUCCUGGGUAUACAGUGUAAGAUUGGGGUUUUUCAUAUUUAACUUUUUAGGAAUAUAUAUAUAUAUACACAUAUUUAUAAGUUAUAAAUUUUUAUAAUUUACAUUGCUUAUUUUUAUACAUAAAUGAUGUGAAUGCAUUCAUUAUGAAAAUGCAAAAUAAAAUUUUGCUCAUGUGCCAUGCUUUUUUUUACUGUUCAAAAUCAGUAUUCCUCUAGAAGCAUUUUGCAGUAGGUGAUGAAACUAUUAUAAAUGCCUUAUAGUUUUCUGUUUUGUUCUGAUAAAGGUGCAAAUGCUUUAGAAAUUGGUUCUGAUAGACAAUCAAAGAAGUUGGGUAAAAAGCAAUGCUUAGGCUAGGGAAUCCUGUGGGGGGUGAUUUUAAAUUGUUAGAGGGAUUUUUUAUUAUGUAUUCAUUAUCUUGUUAAAGUUGCUGUUCAGAUGACUGUGAAUGACACAAAGACAGAUGUCCCUAAUUCCAAGGAGCUUGUGUCCCAGUAGAUGCCAUUACAAUUUAUGUAGAACACAGGUCUUAGGAAAAGGAAUAAAGAGUAAGAUUUUCUUGCUUCAAAUGAAAGAUAAAGCUACUAAAAAACGUGAGAAAAAGCAACAAGUGUUAGUGUUACUAACAUAAAAAUCCAUAAAUGAUUAUAAUUUUAUAUUUUUGUGUCAGUGGUGGAGGACAACAAAGCAAGGAACAAUUCUGAAGGAGGUGCCAUUUGAGAGGGGAGAGGAUAAAACAAAUCAUUAGCUCUGAAGGUUUUAGAGACAGACUAUUAUUAAAUCCAGAUAUAUGAACGAAAAUGUGGCCAUGAAUCAGAGAUAACAUAAAAAAUUAGAAUUUCUUAAGCUAUGAAGGAAAAAGAUUAAUGUUGAAGUUUUAAAAAUUACUAAAACAAAAUUGUUAAUUACAAUUUUAUGACUAAAUUUUGCACCAUACUUGUAUCAUUUUAAGUAGAGAGGAAUGAACAUGUAGCAGUUUUGGUGAACAAUUCUAGUACUGAUUCUACACAAAGUUGGACUCAGACACUCCAAGUGUAAGCCCUACCUCUGGUAUUUCUUGCAUGACUGGGUAAGCCAUAGGUUUGGAGAUUUAAAGCUAGAAAGGGAACAUUGGGCUUCAGUCUAGCCCCAUUAUUUUAUUCAUGAGGAAAUGGACACACUGAGAGGUUAAGUAAAUUGCCCAAUGACAAAUGUGUAUUAGUGAUAGAACUGAGAUUUGAAUUUGGGGCUAUUAAUUACAAAAGGGAUAUUAAUUAUGAAAGUGUUAUAUAUGUAUAAGGGGGAAAGGUUGACUGGACUGAUAGCAGGUUGCUCCAAUUACUGAUAAAGUCCAACUAAAUUUCAUUAGUGCCGGCUUAAAAAUCUUAAGUAAAUUUCCUAAGUGUCCAUGCCUAUAUAGUGCAGUGAAAUCAAACAUUUAGUCUUAACAUUUCCUUUCCUCAUAAUUGGAAAAGGAAGUGUUCAUUUCUCUCAACUCUUAGUCCUGCUCCCAAUAAUUUCCUUUCUCUUAAUGUUGUUUACAAGAAAAUGACUUUGAAAUAUUUCUAUUUGAAUCCAUGUUCUAUUAUCUAAUUAUGUGAUCUUGGAGGGAUAAGUCACUUAACCUUUAUGGGUUAUAGUAUCCUCUGAAAAAUGAAGCAGUUGCACUACAUGAGGUCCUAUAAAGAUACUCUAACUUAACCUUCCCAUUUUAUAUGGAAGUUACCAUUAAGGGCUGCUGUCUCCAAAUAACAAUUUAGCAGGGAAAGCAAAACCAAAAUAAUUAGUGAAUAAUAUAGAAUGCUGACUAAGUAGUAGUGUGUACAGAAUAUGUUCUGUAGUAGUUUAUCAGAACCGGGAAGUAGAUAUUUUAGGGAGGAGCGUAAUGUAAACUUUGUCUUAAAAAUGGUUAGGAAUUGCCUAUCUAGUCAUGUGAUAGAACUGUAAUAGUUAAUGAGAACGUUGAUUAGGUAGGUGCAUCUGUGCCAGCUAAUGAUGCUUGUUAUCAAUGGGGAGAGGUAGACUUAAAAAAAAAAAAAAAAAAAAAAAAACAGACCAAAUCCAGUAGCUCCAGAGUGUAGGAAGCAUUGCUCUCCAUUGACUGCCUCUCUCCACAGAAUACUUUGGAAUUCACCUAUGGAAUUAUUUUCCAAGCUUUAAUUCAACACAGCAAAUUGGUUGGUAGCCCUUGGUGUGGUCUUCUUGACACUUGACACCAUGUUCUCCCUAUUAUGUUAUAUGGACAGAUUUUUGGAUAAACAAUAGUUCACACUGGUUGUUCAUUAUGUUUUGCUUUGCAUUUUAUCUUUGAUGCUUUUCACUUCUAUUACCUUCCUGCUACCAGUUAUAAGCACAAGGUUGUGUAUUUGUGACUUGAGGAAAUGGAAGGUUACUAAAAGUUGUUGACUAGAGUAAUAGCCAAAAGUGGUAUUGAAGAACAAUUUGAUCAUGAUAAAAUAGUGUUUGAGAAAAACAAAUUUUAUUGAUAAGAUAACUGAUUUUAAAAUAUGAAACACUUUUUACUUGCUCUUUGUUUUCUGAUAAAAAUAAUAUUAUUCUCAUAAAAUAAAAAUUUUAUGUUAAGUAAUAGAAAUACACAAAUACAAUUCAGUUCAAAUUUAAGUUCCUACUAUGUUUAAUAAAUGACAUUAAAAUUAGUUCAAGUGGCCUAACAUUUCUCCCUUAAAUUUUUUUUCAAAAAGGUAUUCUGAAUUUUACAAAGUUCAGAAUAGAAUGACUUCAUGUACAAACUGGCAAUUAAUAAUAUAUGAAACAAUAGAAUUCUGCUUUAUUUAAAAUAUAUAAUAAAGGCAAUGUUAAUUUCAAAACUAAAAUAUUCAUGUUUCUGAAUAUAGUCUGAAUUCUAGUCUCUUAAUUCAGUUUUAGAAAUGCUUCAGUCUUUUUUAUUAUGGGGUGGGAAAAGGGAAACAAUUUUACUGGAUCUCUCCCACCUAACUACUAUACAAAAUAGGACAGGAAAAAAAAAAAAAACAACCCCUCUAAGUAGACAAGCAAAAGAAAUCUCAAAUAUUGGCAGUGUUCAAAAAUGUAUCUUGUUCUGCACUUUGAAACUAUGACCUGUCAGAUCAUCAUUAAUAUUUUAGAAAUUGGUCAUUUCAUUGAGCAAAUGUAAGUAUUUCAGAAAUGUUUUUUGAAGUUUCCACUUACUUCACUACAUAAAAAAAAAAAAAAAAAAAAAAAAAAAAAAAAAAGUAUUAACAGCAAUGUCUGCCAGUAUCAUUUAGAGAGUGCAGGUAACCAAUGAUCUUUCUGUCUUGUCCUUCUUAAUCCCCUUGUUCUUUGGAGAUCUAAACAGCAAUACCACAUUACAAUGAUGAGCUCAUUUUAAAACUGGGCCAAUAAAACUUCAGGUCUACCAGAUUCCCUCCCUUUAACAGAAAAAUUAGGCAUACAAUUACAGUUGCUCAGAACCCUCAAUUAGAAAAAAACUAAAGUUUAGCAAGGUUUUUGGUUCUUUGCCUAACCUCUGAUAUCUCUGUAGCUUUGGCAAAUUUUAUUUUAUCAGAAACCAGCAAAAAAAAAUGACUAUUAAUAGGCAUUGGGAGAAGUCAGGAAAAGAAGAAAUCUUUGCUUGUAACUGUGCAGACCGAGUUAGCGCCUUAGAAUCAGCUGGAGUCAGGAUAAGCAAAAGUCCUUGGUCUUUAUUCUUGGUCUCUAGGUACCCCUAGAGAAGGGAAUGGACACAGGAUCUCCAGGACCUUCCUUCUCUUCGUCUACCGCCAAAGUCACUCUGGCUUGUCUUACUCCACCCCCUAAUCCUUCCCACAAUUCUCUGUAUACACCAAAAGAUCAAACCGGCACAGAAUAGUGGGACGGGCCAUUUUCCAAGCAUAUGCUAAUAGAGUAUUCCAAUUGGUAAUUAGCCUUAAGUGCUCGGUUGUCCAACUUCAGUGCAUCACUUUAAGAGUUUCAGACUUGUGCAUGUAACUACAUGGGCAGCAGAUAUAGCUAAUGAUGGCAGUAUGAAUCUUCUGCCCAUAUAGGCCUGAAGGGCCUCUCAGUCUGAGCAGAAUACAUUUUGUAUUUAGGGAAGAGGCCAGGCCUUGUUCACAACAAGUUUACCUUUCUGAUUUAUUGAUUCAAAGAAGAUUCCUUCUCACUUCCCAGCCAAAUCUAUCCCACUGCCCUUGGUUCACUUUUGCCUUAGUGUAAGCCUCCAGGCUACUUCCAAGCCUUCCCUCUAAUAUAUAUCUUAACUCACCCUACUUGCAGCUUGCUGUAGAGGCUUCCCCUCUUAGGAAGUAUGCUUUUUAAACACGCCCUUCCCUAGCCUGAUCAUCUCCAUUCAGGACCUAUCCAGACUGCCCUUCUGGUGACUUGGGCCAGAUAGGAACCAUCAGCUGUCUUCCUUCAUAUGACUAGCACAUCCUAAGACCUUGUCUCUGCCCUCUAGGGCUGUCCUCAGACCCAGUGAUGGGAUCUAAUGAUCUCAGCCUUGCCAUCUACUUCACCACAGCCCCUAAGACUGCCAGAACUUUAUAUCGACUGCAGCUAAAUCAUUUUCUUAAUGUCUUGUCUCCCUCAAUUGUGUGAGCUUGAGGCAAGUAACUUUUACUUUUCUGUCCUUCGGGGCUUAGUAUGUUUCUUGACAAAUGUGAGUGCAUAAUAAAUG